UUCCUUUUAUUCCUUAUUUUUAGACACAAACAAGUGUACAGCAAUGGAUGACCGAGUCUCAGGAUUUUCUAGUGACCGCAGUUUAGUUAUGAAUCCUACCGCUUUUGCAGACUUUACAAGCUCAAUGGAAGAAGCACAGAAUCCUAAGGAAGCUACUCAAAGCCCGAAAAGCCACCCCGAUAGUUUCAACUUUUCACAAAAGGAAGCAGCCCAACAAGUAGAAGCUGUGAAGAAUACUCUUCCUGAAAUAUCUUUUACUUCGGAAACCAUCCAGCCUACUCUUGGUGUUGUUGGAAACUGCAAGAUUCCUAAUUAUUCCAAGAAAAAUCCUGCGAAUCCUAUUCCCAUGAGCAGUUACGAAGGUCCAUACGUCAAGCUUCGUUUUGAAGAGCGGUUUGAUCAAGAACACAUGACCACUGAACAAGAUAAAUUAGAACCUCAAAGUUGUUUGAAAAUGGUAAAACAAGAAGAAAUGAUGGAGGAUGGGUCUGAGAAAGCUUUGUUGAGUCGUUCAUUUUACAAACUAGGAGACUCUUCCAUUCCUCGCUUUUGGUAUGAACCAGGACGUUGUCUUCCAUUAGAUUCCUUAUUGAGUUCUGACGAACAAGAAAGUAUUUUAGUAGAGAUCCGAAUAGCAGCAGAACAUCUUACAUUAUAUAAUCCUUCAGUGAAGAGUCGCAACAUUUGGGGUGAUGCCUAUUAUAGCGAAGAUUCUGAUCUUGUUGCUGCUGUUAUGCACUCAGGAUAUGCAUGUCUUGGAUAUGCGUCACCAAAUACCUUUGUUGAGUUGGCUGUUUUGAUUCAAGUCACGAAGUAUCAUUCCGAAACCUAUUUUCCUUCUAGUCGUAGAUUUUGUUAUCAGUCAAGAGAGUGUACACAAGAAAGUGGUUAUUUCUACACAAUUCUUUGCGUAGCUGUAGUCUUAGCUGGAGGUACUGUUUUGCAACUUCAAUCUUUGCCUCUGAAUGAUUUUAAUUUCAUCAACUUGUUAAGAAUAGAAAAUACUCGAGACAGAGUCUUAGAGUUGCCGCAUUGGCCAAUAUCUUUUCGAUCGUAUUCCUCUGAAAAGUCAAACAUGACUUCCUUGGAGGAAAUGUUCUGCAAGUAUUAUACCAUCAAUCUUUCAAACGAGUUGUGCUUGUGUUACUCGCUAUCUUUGUUUUUAGACAAAGACUUAGACUCCCAAAGUUGGUUUAGUCAAAGACUCAAGAAUGAGGUUGUUUAUUUGGAAACAAUUUCUGACCGAUAUGAAUUAGCGUUGAAUUCUCAUAUACUAAGGUUUUGCUUUAGCCAAGUUAAAAAUCCUCAAAAACUAGACUACGAGGCCAUUUUUGCUUUAGGUGUUCCUUUACCAGCAUCACAUGUUACUUAUAUUGAAGAGAAUCUACAGUGGAAUGAAAUCCUGUGGGGCGUGACUAAAGUUCGCAUUAGAAAUCAGUUGUAUCAUUUUCAACGAGUUAUGUUUGUACCUCGCACUACGCUCACUUUAAAAGAACACCAUUUAAUGGAUAUUUCAAAAUAAAACCUACUGGAACAGAAAAUAAGAUA